GAAGCAAAGAAAAUUUCAUAUCUUUUAUAUCCCAUUUUUCAAUUCUCAUAUUACGCACAGAUCGGUUACUUUCUUCUCCAACCAAAAAUAUUUUUAAUUUUUAAUUUUUUUUUUCUUUGAUUAAAUAAUUUCGCGACCAGACUUAGGGUUUUCUUUCUGGGUCUGAAAUUCUCUGUUUUUUUUCCCAAACCGGUGGAAAACCGCACCGAUCAUCGAUUCUUGUCCUCUUGUUCAUCCUCCAUCUUCCACUUCGGGUUUUAAUUUUUUGGUUUGGGGAUUGUUUAGAAAGAUGGGUGCUUUCAUAUCAAAAUUUUGGUUUAUGCUAUUUCCUGCUAAAGAAUAUAAGAUAGUGGUGGUUGGGCUUGAUAACGCUGGGAAGACAACUACCCUAUACAAAUUACAUUUGGGAGAGGUUGUCACUACUCACCCAACCGUCGGCAGCAACGUGGAAGAGCUUGUCUACAAGAACAUUCGAUUUGAGGUGUGGGAUCUUGGUGGACAAGAAAGGCUAAGGACAUCAUGGGCAACAUAUUAUCGUGGAACUCAUGCUGUCAUUGCGGUUAUAGACAGUACUGAUAGGGCCAGGAUUUCAAUAAUGAAGGAUGAACUCUUCAGGUUGCUGGGACAUGAGGAUCUUCAACAUUCUGUUGUACUAGUUUUUGCCAACAAACAAGACCUCAAGGAUGCCAUGUCACCGGCUGAGAUAACCGAUGCACUUUCUCUUCAUAGCAUCAAGAAUCACGACUGGCACAUCCAAGCUUGCUCUGCCCUCACAGGAGAUGGGUUGUACGACGGUCUUGGGUGGAUUGCUCAGCGGGUUACUGGAAAAGCACCCACUUGAGAUAAGGGAAAAAAGGGAUUCCUCGUAUUUUCAAGGAAUGGAGACCAUGUGAUGUAUAAGCCUCUUUUGUGUAACAUCAAACUCUUUGAAAGCUAUUUCUUAGCAAAUCUGUAGAUUGUCUUCAAUUUCAACUUCCUUGAAAAUUGUUACAUUUUGCAUGGUAAAGCUUUUCAUAAACACUUUUAUCAA